AAGGCCGCGCAGAGUAGAGAAAAAAAGAGUAACCAAAGGCGUACCAUGCUGAUCGAAUAUUAUUUUUUUAUCUAGUUUCAAUAAAUUAAACAGUACUACUUAAAUAUACUGAGGAACACAAUUAUAUUAAACCGUAUACUAUUAGGAUAUUUAUAGAUAAAAUGAUUAAAUUAGCCAGCUGAUAUCGUGAUUGCAAUACCGCAGUCAUUCGCGGACAGCGAGCCUGUCAGCACGCAAGCCACCACGGCUGACGUCACAGCGCGUUCAAAAUGAAGUUUACGUUCCUCACAGUGCUCGUAAUAGCGAGCCAAGUUCAAGCACUCAAUAUACUAGGAAUAUACCCUUAUCAAGGAAAAAGCCAUUUCAUAGUGUUUAGAGUUUUUCUGCUUGAAUUAGCCAACAGAGGUCACAAUGUAACCGUGAUCUCACACUUCCCCGAAAAAGAUGCUCCUGACAAUUACAAAGACAUAAGUCUAGCUGAAAGUGCUAACGGUAUCGAAGACAGUGUGCCCGUGGAAAGAUCUUAUUUAACAAUACUUGGCGUCCUUUAUUACUUAACUCAAAGUGGAAUAGAUAAUUGCGAAGCCAUGUUAGCCAAUCCGGCAGUACAAAGGCUAGUCAAAGCAAAAACUAAGUUCGAUGUUGUAGUGUUAGAACAAUUUAACAGUGACUGUGCUUUAGGCGUAGCAUAUAAAUUAGGAGCUCCUGUUGUGGGAACAAUAGCACAUAUUCUAAUGCCUUGGCAUUACCAGAGAUUGGGAAUUCCAUACAACCCGUCCUACGUUCCCUUCCAUUUUCUGGAAGGAGGAACGAAGCCUACUCUUUAUCAACGUGUCGAAAGAACAUUUUUUGAUAUUUUCUUCCGUUCUGUGUAUUACCUUCGUACUCAAAGAAGUAACGAAAAUACGUUAGCGAAGUAUUUUGAUGAUAUACCGCCUUUGGAGACUUUGGCUCGUGAGAUUAAGUUCCUGUUGGUCAGUCAGAAUUUUAUGUUGACCGGGUCAAGGUUAUUUCCUGCUAACGUAAUAGAGGUUGGAGGCUAUCAUGUUUCUAAAGCAAAACAAUUGCCCGCAGAUCUGCAGAAAUUUGUUCAGGAAGCUGAACAUGGAGUGAUUUACAUUAGUUUCGGAUCAGUUGUGAGGAGUUCAUCUAUGUCUCAAAAGCAGAUACAAGCAAUUUUGGACACCAUGGCGGCGCUGCCGCAAAGAUUUAUUUGGAAAUGGGAGAGUGACACGUUAUUAGCAGACAAGAAUAAAUUGUAUGUCGGCAAAUGGUUACCCCAAGUUGACAUUUUAGCACAUCCCAAAACCUUAGCUUUCAUGUCUCACGCCGGUAUGGGCGGAACCACGGAAGCCAUCCACUAUGGAGUUCCUAUGAUCGCCAUGCCGAUAUUGGGUGACCAGCCUGCCAACGCAGCGUCCGUUGAAGAGAGCGGACUUGGUGUUCAGAUCCAAGUCCAUGAACUGAAUAAAGACAAUCUUCUGGCUGCUUUUAAGAAGAUCUUGGAUCCUAAGUUCCGUGAUAAUGUCCACCAGAUCUCAAAAGCAUGGCAUGACCGUCCUCUGUCUCCUCUCGACACAGCUGUGUUCUGGACUGAAUUCGCAGCAAAAAACUCCAACUUUACCUACAGAACUCCUGCAGCUGACGUGCCUAUAUACCAAUACAUCUAUUUAGAUGUUCUAACUGUGCUAACUUUGAUGUGGUUGAUACCUGCGUUGGCUGUUUGGGCUUUGUGCUGUAGGAAUAAGAAAGUUGUCAAAGAUAAAUUAAAUAUAAAAAAGAAAUUGAAGAAAAUUUAAAGAAAAUUUGCAAUUUUUAUAAUUUCAAUGUUGUAGAUUGAUGAUUGAAGUCAAAGGAAAGGGAUACAUGGAAAAAUGUCGCCUAUACUGAGCAGCAAAAAAAAUUACGAACAAAUAUAACGAUUAAACUUUGGAUUAAUUGUACUUAUUACAAUAAUACCGUAAACAAACUACUUUUCUUAUUAAGGUAUUGUGAGGCGAGACUACUAACCAGAAAUCUAGAACUAAAAUUUAUACAUAAAUAAAACAAUGAUAAAAUUACCGAU